GUCAGUGCCUGAGCUGGGGGGUAUAUAAGGUAGCGCAGAAGACAGAACCAUCGUGUACGCGCUUAAGAAACUUGCUGAUACCGAGCUUCGCCGCCGUUCCCACAAAGCAAAACCCGUUCUAUCGUAUGUCAGCUAUCCAGAACCUCCAGGCUUUCGACCCCUUUGCUGAUGCAAGUAAGGGUGAUGACUGGCUCCCAGCCGGGACAGAGGAUUCCAUUCAUAUAAGGAUUCAACAGAGAAACGGCAGGAAGACCCUUACAACUGUUCAAGGCAUAUCUGAUGACUACGACAAGAAGAAACUAGUUAAAGCCUUUAAAAAGAAGUUUGCUUGCAAUGGUACUGUGGUUGACCAUCCAGAAUACGGAGAGGUGAUCCAGCUUCAGGGAGACCAGCGCAAGAAUGCGUGCCAGUUCCUUACGGAGGUCGGCCUUUGUAAAGAUGAUCAAUUGAAGGUCCAUGGAUUUUAGCGUUCCAGGCUUUCUGCUUUACAUUGCCAAAGGAACCCUCGGAAAUGCAUAAGGACUCCGACACGUGGCAGGAUUUUAAGUACUUUGUUUUGUGUAUACCUUGUUGAUGUUAAGAACUGUAAUAAACCUUUUAAACUGCA